UGGGGGGCGCGCCCAGACUCCGACCCGGAGGCGGAACCGGCAGUGCGGCCCGAAGCUCCGCAGUCCCCGAGCGCGCCCGGCCAUGCGCCCCCCGCGCCCCCGCGCUGCGCUGCUCGCGCUCCUGGCCGCGCUCCUGGCCGCGCCCCCGGUGGCCCCGGCCGAGGCCCCGCACCUGGUGCGGGUGGACGCGGCCCGCGCGCUGUGGCCCCUGCGGCGCUUCUGGAGGAGCACGGGCUUCUGCCCUCCACUGCCACACAGCCAGGCUGACCAGUACGUCCUCAGCUGGGACCAGCAGCUCAACCUUGCUUAUGUGGGCGCCGUCCCUCACCGUGGCAUCGAGCAGGUCCGGACCCACUGGCUGCUGGAGCUUGUCACCACCAGGGGCUCUACUGGAUCGGGCCUGAGCUACAACUUCACCCACCUGGACGGGUACCUGGACCUUCUUAGGGAGAACCAGCUCCUCCCAGGGUUUGAGCUGAUGGGCAGCCCCUCCGGCCACUUCACCGACUUUGAGGACAAGCAGCAGGUGUUUGAGUGGAAGGACUUGGUCUCCAGCCUCGCCAGGAGAUACAUCGGUAGGUACGGACUGGCGCAUGUUUCCAAGUGGAACUUCGAGACGUGGAACGAGCCAGACCACCACGACUUUGACAACGUCUCCAUGACCAUGCAAGGCUUCCUGAACUACUACGAUGCUUGCUCCGAGGGUCUGCGCACUGCCAGCCCUGCCCUGCGGCUGGGCGGCCCCGGGGACUCCUUCCACCCCCCACCGCGAUCCCCGCUGAGCUGGGGCCUCCUGCGCCACUGCCACAACGGCACCAACUUCUUCACUGGAGAGGCGGGCGUGCGGCUGGACUAUGUCUCCCUCCACCGAAAGGGUGCACGCAGCUCCAUCUCCAUCCUGGAGCAAGAGAAGGCCGUGGCGCAGCAGAUCCGGCAGUUCUUCCCCAAGUUCGCGGACACCCCCAUUUACAAUGACGAGGCUGACCCGCUGGUGGGCUGGUCCCUGCCGCAGCAGUGGAGGGCCGACGUGACCUACGCGGCUAUGGUGGUGAAGGUCAUUGCCCAGCACCAGAACCUGCUGCUGGCCAACACCAGCUCCGCCAUCCCCUACGCGCUCCUGAGCAACGACAACGCCUUCCUGAGUUACCACCCGCACCCCUUCGCGCAGCGCACCCUCACCGCGCGCUUCCAGGUCAACAACACCCGCCCGCCGCACGUGCAGCUGCUGCGGAAGCCGGUGCUCACCGCCCUGGGGCUGCUGGCGCUGCUGGACGAAGAGCAGCUCUGGGCCGAGGUGUCGCGGGCCGGGAAGGUUCUGGACGGCAACCACACGGUGGGGGUCCUGGCCAGCGCCCACCGCCCGGAGGGCCCGGCCGACGCCUGGCGCGCCGCGGUGCUGAUCUACGCGAGCGACGACACCCGCGCCCACGCCAACCGCAGCGUCCCAGUGACCCUGUGGCUGAGCGGGGUGCCCCCCGGCCCGGGCCUGGUGUACGUCACUCGCUACCUGGACAACCGGGUCUGCAGCCCCGAGGGCGUGUGGCGGCGCCUGGGCCGGCCGGUCUUCCCCUCAGCCGAGCAGUUCCGGCGCAUGCGCGCGGCCGAGGACCCUGUGGCCGAGGCCCCGCAGCCCUUCCCCGCCGGCGGCCGCCUGACCCUGCGCCCUGCGCUGCCGCUGCCGUCGCUCCUGUUGGUGCACGUGUGCGCGCGCCCUGAGAAGCCGCCUGGCCAGGUCACGAGGCUCCGCGUUCUGCCCCUGACCCGAGGGCAGCUGGUUCUGGUCUGGUCGGAUGAGCACGUGGGCUCCAAGUGCCUGUGGACAUAUGAGAUCCAGUUCUCCCAGGAUGGCAAGGUGUACACCCCGGUCAGCAGGAAGCCGUCAAACUUCAACCUGUUUGUGUUCAGCCCCGACACAGGUGCUGUCUCCGGCUCCUACCGAGUUCGAGCCCUGGACUACUGGGCCCGGCCAGGCCCCUUCUCAGACUCCGUGCGGUACCUGGCAGCCCCUGUGCCGGGAGGGCCACCCACCCCCAAUAACCCGUGAACCUGUGCUGAGCCCCGAUGGGCUGCACCUCCCUGGCAGCCAGCCGGCCAGGCUACUUUGCUCCCCUCCGCCACCACCCUUUACAAAAUACUUUUAUAUUUUAUUUUUUUCUUUCGUAUCUUGGUACCAACACCCCCUUUAAAGUGGCUUUAGUCUCAGGCCAAGGCCCUAGGCACAUUUGGGGGUGGCCACAGGGUAAACCCCAGAGGCUGAACUCCUGAGGACCCACCUGGAGCGAGGCCUGUUUCCUCUCCGUUCCCACUCAAAAUGCCCCCAAUCCUGGACCGGAAGUGUGUUGAGCCCGUGGAGGGCUGGGGGCCUGUCCCUGGGCCAGGCUGGGGAGCCAGCUCAGCCCUGCCCACCCAGGGGUUUCUGCCCGGGAUCCUUUGCUUUCUUGCUUGUUCUGCAGAGUGGGGAGCUGAGGCCCCAUGAGGGAAGACCCCUGUACCCCAGCAGGGUGGAGGGUGGGGUGGGGGUACCCCUUGCAGCCCAGGCUGUGGCCAGGAGCAGUGUCCACCAUGGUCUGUGUCUCCCCACCACGACUGUCCUGGCUCCAGAUUUGAGACGUGGCAGGGCCAGUUGAGGACAAUUUGGUGACUGUUUACAGAGAUGGAGGCAGGGUACCAGGAAGCCACAGGGCAGGGUUGCCCCCAGGGGCACUCACCAGUCCAGGCAGGGCUGGGCGCCCUGGUGAGGAGUAGGGACCUUCUGCCCAGGGGUGUGGCCAGGAGCCCGGGAACCAAGGCCCCUCUCUCUCUUCCGUUGCUCCAGGAGCCUCCAGGGCUACCCUUGGUGGCACUCAGCCAAAGGGCGGGGACACAGGGACCCUGCAGCUUCCUCUGGAGGCUGUCUGGGGCUCUGGUGGGGUUGGGGGGCUGAGCCCACUGGCUUCACUGUAUCUCCCAAAGCCCAUGUCCCUUGCCUGCUCCCAACCAAUGUGGGCCCCCAAGGUGCUGGAGUGGGACAGAGACCCCACGAGGGACCCUCCCCUCACUCUUGGACCUGGGUGUUGUGGCUUUUGGCAAAAAUGGCCACAUAUAUUCCAAGUUUAUCCCUCAGCUGGGAUUCCUGGUGUGAGCCUGGCCCCCAGGGUGGUAGGCUGGACCCUCCUCUGGAGGCAAGGUAGAGGUCAGCAGGGGGUCCUGAGGCCCCACGGUACUGGCACCAGUAUUGGCUGAAUGGCAAAGCUGCAUAUCUCUCCUUCCCCAAGAGGCUCUGUCUCUGUCACCUUUCCUGGCGGCCACCAGCUUGCCGACAAGUCCCCACCCUCCAGUCUCACUGAUGGGGCCACUUUGGCCUUCGCUGAGAGUGGGUCAGGCUUGAGGCCGUGCCAAGAACCAGGGAAGCCCACGCUGGCUGUCAGCUUACACACAGCUUUGUCCCUGCCGCUGGGUACUUUGUGUCUGGGUCCCUGGAGCAGUUGCUGGGUGGCAGGAUGAGACUGCAUUUGACGUCCCCUGUCCACAGGACCUCCAGAGAGUGGCUGCCCUCUGGACAAAUGCAGGCACCUCUGUGGGAUGCGGGACCCUCACUCUGCCUGUUCUGCCAGCCCAGGGCUUGCCUCUUCCCCAAGCUUCUCAUCUUUAUCUCCUGAGUCUGGCCAACCUUUCCAUGGAUGCUGCCCGUGGUGGCGGCGAGGGUGGCUGGAUGUGCCACCUUGGUUCUGCUGUGGGGCAUCUCUUCCGUCUUCCAGGGCCAGCCCCCCCUCUAUGAUGCUGUGCCUGUUCCCUUCCGGGUGACAGUGUGCACCCUGCCUCCAUAAACCGCCUCUGCACUUUC